AUGGGGGCAGUCGGUCUUCAACUCACAAUCUCGGUGUCUUCCCUCUCACGUGUGACACGUUCUCCCACACCGCUAGCCCCUUCGCCCUUGAUGCAUAGAGUUGAGCUGGCCAUUGCAUUAACAGCGCCUUGUCCACCCGAGGUCGCUGUCCAAGGAACUCCACCUAGCAAGGAUUGGACGACACCCAAAGGGCUCUACAAGGCAGGACAGGCGCCUCCUGGCUUUUCGCUCUUGCCCCUCCCUCAUCUCCGCUUGCUUUUCUCGCCCGAACGCGGAACGAAGCGCAAGGCAGAGGAAGAGCUCGCCAACAUCAAUCAACGCCUGCGUCUCAUCGUGUCCGGCUUCGUCGCUGAACCCCCCAAGCGCACCAUCCCUUCGAGCUCCUGCGACUGUGAGACCCAGAUCCUUCAGCUCAAGCUUCAAGUGGCAGAGGCCAAGCUGCAAGCUUCCGAGGCCGAAAGGCGCGCAGCAGAGCUCAAGCGUCUGGCGGAUGAUGCCGACCGCAACUCCGCGGCUGCCAAGACGGAGGCAGCGAACGCUCGUGCGGACGCUCUAGCGACCGAGACCCGUGCAAAUGCCGAUAGGCAGCGUGCCGCCGAAAAUGCACGCGCCUUGCGUGCGGAGCGUCAUCUCGCCGAGCUCGAGGAAGCCAAAGCCGCUGCUGAGAACCGAGUACUCGCUGUCGAGCAAGCUGCCAUCGAAAGCGCGGACCAGCAUGCCGAAGAUGCAGCCGCCGCGGAGCGUCAUCUCGCCGAAUACAAGAAACGGGCCGCCGACGCCGAAUGUCGCCUCCACCAACUAGAGAAACGUUCUCAGAUGGCCCAUGUGCGCACCUCGGCGGCGUACUUCCGUGCGCGCCAAGCGGAAGAGCGCGGAGCGCUCGCCAAUCGUCGCGCGUCUGCUGCGGAGUACCGUGCGUACACGUUGGAAUGCUGUCUCAAGUCGGCUGAGAUGAGUGUCCAGGAAGCAAAGCAGCGUGCCACCAUCGCCGAGCGUGCCGUCCUCGAUGCCGAAAGCGCCGGGUCUGAAGCGCAAGCGCAAACCGCAGUCGCCGAAGAUCGCGCAUCCACCGUGCAGCGUCUGCUGGCCGACGCUUUGGAACGUCUCGCAGCCACUGAGCGCCGUGUCUCCGACGCCGAGGAGACCGCCGCCGCUAGCGAAGCCGCAAUGGUGGAGGCCGAACAAACUGCAGCUGACUUCGAGGAACGCCUCUAUGCGGCCGAAGCUCAGGCAGAGACAGACGAGGAGGAGAGGAGCGAAGAAUUUGCCUUGGCGGAGGAAGCUCGAGAGGAGGCAGAGCACAACCUCCUUGAAGCCGAAUGUCGUGCGAGUGAAGCUGAGCGUCAAGUCGCCAGGCUGAAGGACGAGAACAAGCAGCUGAGGCGCGAACUUCUUGAGGCGGGCGACCAGAACGAUACAUACAUUGCGGAACUGAACGAACUUCUCGACAACAAGAAGCGCACUGUUCACAAGCUCGAGGCAGGCGUCAAGCAGUGGAAGGAGCGUGCGUUGAACACGGACAGGGAUCUCAAGAAGCAAGCCGAGGAGCACCUGCGCAAGGUGCGCUGGCUCAAAAGCAAGAACAAGGCGCAGUCAAAGGAGAUCGACCACUUGACCAAGAAACGUGAUGAGCUGGCUCACGAUAUAGUCUCGAAGAACACUCAGCUUUCGAUCAAGGACGACCAGAUCACCGUGAAGAGGGAGAAGAUCGAUGAGCAAAGCCUGGAACUUGCUGCGAUGCGUCUCAAGUCAAAGAAGAUCGGAGCACUGCUCCGCUAG